AUGAGUAUCCGACCCCCACCAGUCCCAACCAUUGAAGAGGACCUUGAUGAUCUGGGAUACACAGAGGAGAACCUAUUUGAUGAGAGAGAGCGAGAGCCUUUGGAAGAACACGUGGACAUGGAACUAACCCUCGAAGAGGAGGGACUCGGAGGGCCACACUGUGACGAUGAGAACCCUAACGGGAUACCAGAGGAAGGGAGAACGACAAAGGAGAGGGAAGAGUAUGCACCGGUGCCAUCCGAGAAAAGGGGCCCAUGGCCGAACUGGAGGCCAGCUAGAAACAUGCGCAACCCGGAGACCUGGGUAAAGAAGAGUUACUUCGGGUUGACGGCAGCCAAGGUCAAGGAAGGAAAGGACAGCCUGAACCCAACUGUUCACGAGGUGCUGGCUGGAAAGGAUAAGAGGUUCUGGGAAGAAGCAAUGCGCAAGGAAUUGGAUGGGCUUGAAGCGAUGGGAACGUGGGAAACGACCGACCUACUGCGGGGCAUGAACACAGUCGACACACGAUGGGUGCUCAAGAUCAAGACUGAUGCAAACCUGGUCCCCACAAAGUACAAAGCAAGAUUGGUAGCGCGAGGGUUUACCCAGAGAGAGGGCUUAGACUACACAGAAAUAUUUGCGCCAGUGGCACCCAUCCAGGCAAUAAGGGGAGUGCUGGCCAUCGCAGCCGUACGGGACUGGGAGAUCGAUUCCAUCGACGUCAAACAGGCUUACCUCAAUUCAAGCCUGCGUCAUGAUGUCUACCUAAAGCCACCAGUAGGAACCAGGGUACCUCCAGGAAAGGUAUUGAAACUCAUAAAAGGGCUCUAUGGUCUAAAGCAAUCAGGUCGGGAAUGGAACAUCGAGCUGGAUACCCACCUCCAAAGUAUCAGCUUCCACUGCAUGCCGAGCACCCCAUGCCUUUACUCAAGGGGAGCGGGCGACCAACUCACAGUCAUCAUGGCAUAUGUGGAUGACAUGCUGAUCGCAUCGCCGUGCAGAAGGGAGGUCGACCGUACCAAAGCCGAGAUCAUGGACAAGUGGGGAACAGAGGACAACAGACCUGUAGGAGAAUUUCUUGGAAUCAAAAUCACUCGAGAGAGGAGACAAGGUAGGAUCACACUCGACCUAAGUGCAUACAUUAAAAGCAUGGAGUCGCUGGAGGAAACAAGUGCAACCCAGAUCAGGCCAAACGAUAUCAAGAGCUAG